AUGGAGCGCCAACGGCUGAGGGGCUCGCCAGAAGGGUGGCGGGCGCUUGACCAGCUGUGUGAGCCGGUCGCGUUAUUACGCGCGGCCGAAGCCCAGGCAGAUCCCGCUACUCCCUCCAUCUUUGUUCAGGGUUUGUUAACCGCGGAAGGUCACUUUCGAAAGUCUUUAACUGCGAUGAAGGACUCCCUUGGGAUCUGGACCCUCCCUGUUCUUUUUCUUUCGAGCGGCGUUUUCGGCGGGGUGGUGGGCACCGCGACUUUCCGCACGCGAAUGACGGCCCUGAAAAAGAAAACCGACGCGUCAGCUGGUGUCUCCGCCGUUCCGUGCUCCCGCGCAGAGCCUCACAUACGUCCAUGGUCACGUCUGCAUCCUGGGAUUCAAGGAAAGGGCGCCGAACAGUCUUCCUGUGUGCCAAGAAACGGCUUCAGCACGAGUUACCAGCAGCAGGCUCCUGCCUCGCCUUCCCCUGUUAGCUCCUCCGCGCGUUUCACUCUGUUGAAGCUCGGCGUGACAGGCGACGAGCGAAGACGUGGACACCAGGAAACUCUGGAUCCGUCUCCUGAGUCAGCCGGAGCUGCCGGGUCGCCAAAGGCACUCGAGGCCAGUUCGGUGCAGCGUCCUGAGGCCGCGCGCCCCGGCAGCGGGACCUUUCUCGCAGGGAGCCUCCACGCGUCUGCGGCCGCUGUGGCGUGGGUAUCAGAGGAGGCGCAGAGCGGCGGCGAGCACCGGCUGCCUGCCGGUCGGGUCUCGGCGGAUCCAUACACAGUUUUAUCCAAGGAAAUACGGAUGAACAAGAAAGGAUGGAGCGACGCGUUCGACGAUGAAGACGAAGAUCAUCGAGGAAACGAGGGAACAGGGCCCAAUCCGUACACGCGCUCAACAGAACUCUUCACUGUCGCCGAGCUCUUCCAGCUCUUCUUGCUCCCUGCAGCUGCGCUCACGGUUGCGCUCGGAUGCACGUGGACGUGGGUGAAGAAGUCAUGCAGUCUCGCUGAUGCGAAUGACUUCAUUCAAGCGACUCUGUGGAUCAAAGGCAUUGGAGGCCCCCCGCCCAGUCUGAGCAAGGUGGACGCCGACGAGCGAAGCUGA